AAAUUAUAAAUACGUCGCCUAGCAACCCAUAUCCGAUCGUCAAUAGCAAGAACGGCAUGAAGCCAAAGAAUAUGUAUUGUACAUAGACGUUCUUUGGUGGAGCCGCAUUUUGCGAACGAAUGCCGACUAAGCGAAAAUCGGACAAUGUCUGUCACAAGACCUCGACCAGUUGUACCAGAAGAAUUACCAAAGCUCUUGCACAGUAUAAGUUAUGCAGUAAUAAAAAAUAAUCCAAAUGAUAUAAUAAGCUUUGCUGCUAAUCAUUUUCAGCAGCUGUAUGAUGAACGAGAACAACAGAAAAAAGUAGCUGAGGACAUGCAAAAUCUAAAUUUGUUUGCAACCAAUCUGAUUAUCUGCACUGCUCUUAAGAAGGUCACCAACCUGCAGAAGAAAAAGUGGAACAAAAUCAUGAUAACAGGGAAAGUAAUGUGUGUGAUGAAUAAGAAGACAAUCUGGCAUUAUAAGUAAUAAUUCUAACUGAAUAUUGUUACGUAUCUUCAAGACAUUUUAUCUUCAUAUGUUUAUGUAUAAUGUGUAAUGUAAAAUAUAGGGAAGUUUCUAGAAUAAAAUAACUAAAACAUCAUUUUAA